AUGUCCCACACCCACUCUUCCACCUCAAUGUCCCAAUACGCAUCACCAUCGUCGAGUUCACUCGCAUCCAACUCCACGGCAUCCGGUUCUUCCUCCAUCUCCUCCCAUACCAGCACGGCUCCCUCUUGUCCAUCACACCCUCGGGGUCCCUUCCGCAAAUCUAACGGAACCCAGCAUCCUCUCGCCAUGGUCUCAACAAUCGAAUCCGACCGUGAAUCCACAGCCACAACCACCACAACAGAGGUGUUUGACGGAAUGAAAUUUGAGAUCCUCAACAGUGGCAGAAGCGCAUAUCCCUAUGCUCAGCAGGAACAAACAACUAUUUCAACACAGGCAGCAACUCAUGUCAACCCUGCUCUCACUGGUGCCGGUGAGGGAGACUUUGCCGAAGACUCCCACGUCAAGGACUCGACUCUUGCGACUGGCCCUCGCAGCAGGUCGUCCGACAACAAGUACCCCGAUUUGAGUAUACUAAAAACUGCUAUCCAUUCUGGGUCGCCUCAUCUCUUUAUGCUCCAUAUCAAGUCUGGAAUGGAUAACAACGGAGCUCAAGAACUCGGCACACUGCACGAUCCCACAAUAGAAUCGGACUGGACUGGUGUCGCUGUUGGAUCUGGCAAUGAGCAACCCAUCUCACCUCUCGUAACCUCGCGCCCAUCAAUGGUGCGCCCACCUACUAUUCCUACACACUCACGCCCCAAUACUACAACUGAAUACGUGCUGGCCAGACCUCAGAUACUACCCCCUUCGACGCCUGAGCACGCCACUCCAACAGUACCGAUAUCUCCAAGGCGCGAUUGUGAGAAGUGGACACCUCCACUCCCACAACUACCACGGGAACGACGCUCGCAGGACGUUCAGCAACAGCAGCAAACUCUUCGACAACCACAUUCAGGGGCUCCCAUCCCAAGGCUUUUGAAGCAGCGUUCGUUCAACUUUCUCAACAACGGUCCAGCCUCCACGGAUGGCUCCUUCAGACCAGCAGCAGCAGAGGCCUGUGCAGAUAACAACCCAACCCAAGCUGGUUCCUCCUCCGACGGUCCACGGCCUGUGGGACCACCUGAUCCAAUUCCUCCACACUACCAACAUCUUCAGAACCGACAUAGCCGGAGACCGAGUUCCUUCUGCAGACGCUCUCAAGGAGUAGAGCCCGAGAGAUUCACAGCCGGUUGGAUCGUCACGGAGAGCGCACCCGGCUCGCCUUCUGAUCAACCUACUCCAAGGACGUCAAUCAGCGAUGAUAACUCAUCUUCUGCGAACCAGGGACGACCUUCAACGCCCGGCCGACAUGCGUCCAUGGGCCCUCAUCCUGCUUCGAGAUGGGGUCGUUUGCUGACGUCGAUCCUCCCCUUGGGCUCUGGCAGCGAUAGCGGUGAUCGAGAUGGAGCCGGAGACCCCUAUCUCCACCAGCAGCGGUUGUUAUUGGCGACAUCGAGCCAGAGCCCUCAGGCGACGCCGUACCAGCAGCAGCUGUUCUUCUAUGCGGACGAGGUCUUUGAGGAGCUAGGAUGGACGGAUUCAUCGGACAACGGCUUCUCGCAAGAUGAUGAGUUCGUGGCACGGAGACGGUAUUCAUCCGAGGGGAGCAGUGACCGAGAGGACGCACCUUCGUUCUUUAAUCCGAGCGCAAUGGUGGCGGAUGAGAGCCUUCAGGGCGAGCUUGCGCAUGAGGACCGGAGGGAUAGUAUCGAGUACAUGGAUGCGCAAGAGUCAAUGUUUGUGCCAUCACAACAGCAGCAGCAGCAGCAGCAGCAGCAGUCGAGAGAUGGUUUCGUGGUGCCGAGGACACUUUCGGUGGACGGCAAGAUCCCGGUCUCGUGUCUGGCGCUGUCGUCGCCACCGUCAUACUGGGAGGCGACGAUCAAGUAUCAGGGCUGGCCCAAGAUCGAGCCUAGGCCCGAGAACGGGCAGGAGUUCUUGCCGCGGUAUACGUGCUCAGUCUUCAGGGAGGGAUGCGUGAACCGCAAGACGGAGCUCAUUGGGAACUGGCGACCUUAUCGUCGUCCUUGGAAGUAA